AUGAAGCCAAAAACAAGCAAGAAGGUCAUCUACAUCCUGACCUGCUCUGUGCACAGGAAGCAGUGUCUCAGCAUGGAAGGGCAAAAAGGUAAUGAAGCACAUAGGCUUCCUCUGGACCUGGGGCAGUGCAGGAGCAGUAUAAAAGCCAUCCCAGCUCCUCACUCUCUCAUCCACUUCACUUCUCACUGCCUUCUCUCCCAGGUGCACCUCCAGCCUCACAACAUGUCCUGCCAGCCCUGCUACCAGCCCUGCCUGCCCUGCGGCCAGUCCUGCGGCCCGACCCCGCUGGCCAACAGCUGCAAUGAGCCCUGUGUCAGGCAGUGCCAGAGCUCCACCGUUGUCAUUGAGCCCUCCCCCGUGGUGGUGACCCUGCCCGGACCCAUCCUCAGCUCCUUCCCACAGAACACCGUCGUGGGCUCCUCCACCUCUGCUGCCGUUGGCAGCAUCCUCAGCUCAAACGGAGUGCCCAUCAACUCCGGGGGUGUGGACCUCUCCUGCUUCGGCAACCGCUACUGUGGCAGGAUUUGCUAA